AUGGACAAGAAAAAACAGCAGAAGAACUAUAAACUUUACUUCUAUUAAGAUGAUGAAUUAUUUCAGACUUUCAAGGUUAAUCAAGAGACUUCUAAAAAGCUUCAGGUAUAAAAGAGAAAUAUGCUCACAUCUUCUAAUGAAAAAAAGUAGUAUCAAAUUACAGAUGAUGAACACGAGUUCUAAGGUGAUCCCUAGACUAUAAGACCAACCGAAAUUUUAUUAGAUUGA